ACACUGAUAAGUUGUCAUUAUGUCAAAAAGACCGAAACCAUCUGAUGCCCAGGGAAGAAAAAAAAGAAGAGAAGAGGAAGAAAAACGCGAAAAAGACAGAGCAAUGGCAUUCCAGUCAAAUGUGAUUAGCUCGCAGCCUCAGGUAACAGUCACACAGUACACGUUGUCCUCCGGAUUGUCAGAUUGGAGUUCAAAUGUGUGCGACUGCUGUGAAGACUGCGGCAUCUGUCUUUGUGCAACGUUUCUCCCUUGUAUCCUGGGCUGUAAGGUGGCUCAGGACAAUGGGGACAGCUGCUGCCUGCCCUUCCUUCCUGGCGCCAUGAUUGCUCUAAGGACAAGCAUUCGCAGCAGAUACAACAUUGACGGCUCGGUGUGUGAUGACUGGGUAAUCAUGGCCUGCCUGCCUCUGUGUGGACUGUGUCAGAUGGCACGGGAGCAAAAGAUGAGACGAUAAAAAGAAGGGGCGUUGAAUCUUAUUUCAUAUGACAAAGAAAUAGAAUAUGUGGAAAUUUACAUUCCAUGGUCUGGACUAAAUUUCUGUAUUUGAGAUUCAUGUUAGCAUGACCAUCAUUAUGGUAUUUCCACAGGACAUAGAACAGUGUUUACCAUGUAAGA